ACCUGCGAGGCCGGGUUUGACAGCGGGGAGGGAGGCAGGGGGAGCUGCCGGCGUGGGGAAGGGGGAUGGCGGCAGCCGUGGCCCGAGGAGGGGCGGCGGGAUCGGCGGCGUGAGGGACAGACCGGCCCUGCCCUGGCAGCCCCGCCGAGCCGGACCGCACCAUGGGCAGCGCCGACUCGAAGCUCAACUUCAGGAAGGCGGUGAUCCAGCUCACCACCAAGACCCAGCCUGUGGAGGCAACAGAUGAUGCUUUUUGGGACCAAUUCUGGGCAGACACAGCCACCUCAGUGCAGGAUGUCUUUGCCCUUGUACCAGCUGCAGAGAUCCGAGCAGUGAGAGAAGAAUCGCCUUCAAACUUGGCAACUUUGUGUUAUAAGGCUGUGGAGAAGCUGGUGCAGGGAGCAGAGAGCGGCUGCCACACAGAGAAGGAGAGGCAAAUCGUCUUGAACUGCUGCCGGCUCCUCACCCGUAUCCUGCCUUACAUCUUCGAGGACCCGGACUGGAGAGGUUUCUUCUGGUCAACUGUCCCUGGGGCCGGCCGAGGAGGGGGAGAUGAGGAUGAUGAAAAUGCCCGGCCACUGGCCGAGUCGUUGCUCCUGGCUGUCGCUGAUCUGCUCUUCUGUCCUGAUUUCACUGUGCAGAGCCACCGGAGGAGCACGGUGGACACAGCAGAAGAUAUCCACUCCAUCGACAGCUGUGAGUACAUCUGGGAGGCAGGAGUGGGCUUUGCUCAUUCUCCACAGCCAAACUACAUCCAUGACUUGAAUAGGACAGAGCUGCUUAAGCUGCUGCUGACCUGUUUCUCUGAGGCCAUGUAUCUGCCUCCCUCUUCGGACAGCAGCAAUGCCAACCCCUGGGUGCAGUUCUUCUGCUCUACAGAGAACAGACAUGCGCUCCCACUCUUCACCUCACUCCUGAAUGUCGUCUGUGCCUAUGACCCAGUGGGUUAUGGAAUUCCUUACAACCACCUGCUUUUCUCCGAUUACCGUGAGCCCUUGGUGGAGGAGGCCGCCCAAGUACUGAUUGUCACUUUGGACUAUGACAGCUCCACCAGUUCCAGUCCCACUGUGGAUGGCACAACCACUGGCACAGCUAUGGAUGAUGUGGAUCCUCCUGGACCAGACAAUCUGUUUGUGAAUUACCUGUCAAGAAUACACCGAGAGGAGGAUUUCCAGUUCAUCCUGAAAGGAGUGGCCCGCUUAUUAUCCAACCCGCUGGUCCAGACCUACCUGCCAAACUCUGCCAAGAAGAUCCAAUUCCAUCAGGAACUCCUUGUCCUCUUCUGGAAACUCUGUGACUUCAACAAGAAAUUCCUCUUCUUUGUGCUGAAGAGCAGUGAUGUUCUGGACAUCCUUGUCCCGAUCUUGUAUUUUCUCAAUGAUGCCAGAGCAGACCAGUCACGAGUGGGCUUGAUGCACAUUGGGGUCUUUAUCCUCCUGCUUCUCAGUGGGGAGCGUAACUUUGGGGUUCGACUGAAUAAGCCGUAUUCUGUACGAGUGCCUAUGGACAUCCCUGUGUUCACAGGGACACACGCAGAUCUGCUCAUCAUAGUCUUUCACAAGAUCAUAACUAGCGGGCAUCAGCGGCUGCAGCCUCUCUUUGACUGCCUGCUCACCAUCGUUGUGAAUGUAUCUCCAUACCUGAAGUCUCUCUCCAUGGUGGCUGCUAACAAGUUACUGCAUCUCCUGGAGGCUUUUUCCACCACCUGGUUCCUGUUCUCUGCUGUCCAGAACCACCAUCUCGUUUUCUUCUUGCUGGAAGUUUUCAACAACAUCAUUCAGUAUCAGUUUGAUGGGAACUCCAAUUUGGUCUAUGCUGUUAUCCGCAAGCGGAAUGUGUUUCACCAGCUGGCCAACUUACCCACAGACUCGCAGUCCAUCCAGAAGGGUCUGCAGCGCAAGAAGAAAACUCCUGAGCCUAUUUCUCGCACCAACUCCCAGGACGGGGUCUCCAUGGAAGGGUCACGUCCUGCUGCCCCUGCUGAACCAGGGACACUGAAGACAAGUUUGGUGGCUACUCCAGGCAUUGACAAGCUCACGGAGAAGUCACAGGUGUCGGAGGAUGGGACCAUGCGUUCGCUGGAGCCCGAGUCUUCACAGCCUUCCCCAGAGGGUAACCCCCCCUCAGCUGCGAGUGACGGGGAGCCCUGGAGCAGGGAGGCAUUACAUCCCCGUCGGGAUCGAAGGCGUCUCUCUAGUGCAUCCUCCAGUGGACAGUGGACUCCAACUCCUGACUGGGUGAUGUCUUGGAAGUCAAAGCUUCCCCUGCAGACAAUCAUGCGGCUCUUACAGGUGCUGGUUCCUCAGGUGGAGAAGAUCUGCAUUGACAAGGGUCUCACUGAUGAAUCGGAGAUCCUCAAGUUCUUGCAGCAUGGCACACUGGUGGGGCUGCUCCCUGUCCCUCACCCCAUCCUCAUCCGCAAGUACCAGGCAAACUCGGGCACUGCCAUGUGGUUCCGGACCUACAUGUGGGGAGUUAUUUAUUUGAGGAAUGUGGAUCCCCCGAUCUGGUAUGACACAGACGUGAAGCUGUUUGAAAUUCAACGGGUCUAAGAGAGCACUUGCCUCUACUAUGAGAAAUACACUGGAUCCAAGGACUGCUGUGUGCUGCUUCAUCACAGCUAUUCCUGCAUUUCACAUCCAGCUGGGAGACCAAAAGGACAAUCACUGCAUUUACCUCCCUGUCAUUUAAAGCUUUAAUUGGGACCUGCUUGGACAUCCCGCCCCCAUCUCACUUCUCUUCCCUCACCCUUCGCCAUGAACCUUGAGUGAAAGAUAUCUAAGGGAUUGUCCAUUGUUGUGGUUGCACUAGAAAUCAGACCUUUCUUAGCUCUUCUGUUACUCUUUUGCUCCUGGAUGUGGUGUGGAAACCAAUAUGACCCUGUCCUCACUCUGAUCAGAGUCAGUAUUUAAUUAAAAAAAAGACUAUAGCUGUAAAUUGGGUGCAAGGGAGAAGCUGCUAUUCCUGCAGGAGAUGGGCUUUGGAAAAUGCUGUUACAUUUUUGUGGCUCUAUAAGUUUCCGGGCAUCCCUUCUGUCUGCAGGCAUCUCCCUGGUUUCUCAGUUGCCUACUGGUAGGGAAGCCUUUCCCCACCAAAUGAAAGGAGAAGUUGCUGAAGGAAAACUUUGUGUCUCAGUUCUGAAUCUCUACUCCUUUCCUGGAAAGCUGCUGAAGAAGUUCUGUAGUAGCCAGUGCCCUGGUGUGGCCUGAGAAGUUUUUUCUUGGCUUCCAGGUCCAGCAGCCUUUGUGCUGGGCUGUUGCAAUGGGGUGUGUGUCACCUUGGAAAGCCCCGCUUAAUCCGUGUGAGCACGCAGGGAGGAAGGGACUGGCUCAGUGAGGCUGAGGACAAGAGACGUGAUUGUUAAAUGCUUUUAGUCUUCUCCCGUUGACUGAAAGGACAAUGUCACCUGGGUUUGAGGGGGGACCACAUCCUUCCAUCUUUGCCUGGCAAGCUGAUGCAAUGCAGGGAGUGGAAGGGUCUUUUGCACGCUACUGUCUGGGGCAGGGGGUUGAGGGAGGCACUCAGGGAAGUUGUAGGAGGAAUUUGGAAGCUGUAGGAGGAAAAGCAUCUCCAUGUCACUAGGGAGUGGAGAGCACUGAGACAAAGUUCACUUCUUCAGGGCAUUUUGCUAGUGAUCAAGUUAACAGACCUUGAAUGUAUUGGGUCCCAAGCAUGUGGGGUCUGGGAAGCCAGAACCAGAACUGGUUGGAGACCCACUGCUGCUGGCUCGGUUCAGCAGCGUGGGCUUGCACAUGGGUAGGUGGAGACAUCCUGGGGAUCGAGUCAAAUGUUUUUUUCUGCUGGGAGAGGCAGCUUAGACCUGUGUGGUCUUUAGACAGUGAAAUGUGAGAGGCCCUGAAGUUUUGAGGCUGGAGUGGUUGCAACAGUACCAUGCUCUCCUAGCAAGAGUGCUACGCAAGAGUACUGCUGAGUUGUAGUUGGAGUUGUCAUCCUUUGGACACUGAAACUGGACUGAAGUCCCAGGCCAGUAGAAAGCUGAAAUAAAGCCUGAAUGGUUUUCUGAAGGGUAAGAAAUAUAUGAAGUAGAGAGAGGUUAGUCCUCCACCUGCCGCAACCAUCCAGCCCCCCAGCCUCCCUCUCUGCAUACAACCCACUUUGCCGUCUGGCACGACUCCCAUCCUGACCCUGUCUCUGUUCAGACGUGAACAGGGUGAGGUCUCUGUUCUACCUGCAAUCUCUCUUGUCUAUAAAAAUGUGAUUUGGUGGGGCCAGCCUCUGAUUGUAUGGCACUUGCACCUCAGCUGGAGUGGGGCGUCCCGUGUCCCAUGCAGUUGCCUCUUCCCUCCCACAGAUCUGCUGGUUCUCAUGAUCUCUUCUGUCCUCUGUUUCCUGCUUUGUUUCUUUGUGAGUUCCUCUGGAAACCUUUUUGUUUGUUUCUUGGUGUUUGGAGUCUGAUCCUCGUUCUGUGGAAAUCAACUUGCACUGUAAACUAUUUGCUUACUUACAGAGAGAAAGAUAAAGAUUAUCUGAAACAUGCAA